AUGACUAUUGGUGAAUAUGUAACGUCCCUUUCAGAAAAUCCGUAUUUCGGUGCAGGAUUUGGUCUAUUUGGAAUCGGAGCUGGUGCAGCUAUAUUGAGGAAAAGUUUUCAAACAUCUAUGCUAUUAUUCCGAAGACAUUGUAUGAUUACUCUCGAAGUGCCUUGUCGAGAUAAAUCUUAUCAAUGGUUAUUGCAUUGGAUUACUGAGAAAGGGGCGAGAAAAACUCAACAUUUAAGUGUAGAAACAUCUUUUCUUCAGAAAGAUACAGGACAAAUCAAAACGAAAUAUGAUUUUAUACCUAGUAUUGGUCAACAUUUUUUUAGGUAUGGAGACACAUGGAUUAAGGUUGACCGUACUAGGGAACAACAUACCCUAGAUCUUCAUAUGGGAAUACCAUGGGAGACAGUCACUUUGACAGCAUUUGGAAGAGAUAAACAAGUAUAUUAUAAUAUUUUAGAAGAAGCUAGAACUAUGGCUUUAAAGCAACAUGAAGGGAUGACAGUUAUGUAUACCGCAAUGGGAUCUGAAUGGCGACCAUUUGGUCACCCGAGGCGGCGCCGUCCUCUUCACAGUGUAGUUCUUCGGUCAGGGCUAGCAGACAAAAUACUUUCAGACUGUCUGGACUUUAUCAAUAGUCCUCAGUGGUACACAGAUAGAGGAAUCCCAUACAGACGAGGGUAUUUGCUAUAUGGGCCACCAGGAUGUGGCAAGUCUUCCUUUAUCAUGGCAUUAGCUGGAGAGUUAGAAUACAACAUAUGUGUACUUAAUUUGUCUGAAAGAGGUCUUACUGAUGACCGCUUGAACCAUUUACUAAGUGUUGCGCCUCAACAGUCCAUAAUAUUAUUAGAAGAUGUUGACGCUGCCUUUGUAUCCCGAGAAGACUCACCUACCCAGAAAUCAGCAUAUGAAGGACUUAACAGAGUUACAUUCAGUGGACUUUUAAAUUGCCUCGACGGUGUAGCUUCCACAGAAGCACGAAUAGUUUUCAUGACAACCAACUAUUUAGAAAGAUUGGAUCCAGCGUUAAUCAGACCCGGACGAGUAGAUAUGAAGGAAUUCGUUGGAUAUUGUGAUCAAGAGCAAGUAGAAUUGAUGUUUUUAAGGUUCUACAAAGGUGACAAAGCUGCAGAACAUGCAAGAACAUUUGCAAAAAGAGUACUUGAGAAACAUAAGGUUGUAAGUCCGGCACAAAUACAAGGGUAUUUCAUGUUCCACAAACAUUCACCUCCAGAAGACGUUUUAGUAGAUGUUGAAUCUAUAUGGACACUUGGUUGA